GUUGCUGUCAUCUGACUCUGACGCAGGCGCUUCCUGAAAGUCAACAGCGAAAACAUGGCUCCCAAACUUGAACUUCCAAACGCUGCGGCGAUCAUCUGGAUGAUCUUCCUCUCCCUGAUCCCCCCUGUGGAGGCUUACGAUGCGGGCGACGCGUUAGCCCUGCUCCUGUGCACCAUCCUGACCGUGGUGGGCUUCUGCGCGUUCCUCGGCUGGUACGCACGGAAGCGGGACGGACCGCAGUGACAGAGACUCUCUGAAUCCUGCGCCUGCCUUGUCCUGUUAUCAUCCACUGCAUUAAUACCUCUCUGUGUGAUCUAAUGUGGAUCUGGCACAAAGUUUGUGUCGAAAUGACUUAUAUGAAACGUGCCUUAUUGGAAUGAGUGCGUCAGGCGCAACGGGGAACCACGUGCAGAAGCCGGAGGGGAGUUGGGGGAAUGAUCCAGGAAGUCGGAGGAGCUGUUACCUGUUGCACUGCUGAGAUUAAAGACCAAACAUUGUUGCCUUCUGUGUGAAAAGACUGCUGCAGCUGCUGAAUAUUAUCCCAAGGAUGCUUGCAUUGCACAUUGCGCAUAUUUUUCCCACGCUUGGAGCGAUCACUGUGAUUUCCUGAUGUGUUGAUGUCUCCAAUGUGCAACAUGACAUUGCCAUUGUUUUAAAGCACAAUAUCACAAGUGUGGUUACAUGAAAAGAGUGGAGCUGUUGUUGCAAUUUCUGCUGUUAAAAUGUGUGACAGUAGCUCUGAGAAUAAAUUGAUUCAUCUGCUUGUCAUAA